AUGCCGCUCACCGCCCAUGGAUUUGACGCAAAGGAGAUACACUCCAAAAUACAACUCCUCAUCCAUGGGCUCGUCAAUAUAAAGGAUGAGACCGGGGAGUUUCUUAUGACUCUUGCCGAUGGCCGAGUAAUAGAUACGAAGGGCUGGAAUGACUGGGAGUGGACACAUGGUGUCGGACUUUACGGAAUAUGGCAAUACUACCAGGCGACAGGAGAUGCCAAAUAUCUUCAGAUUAUAGAAGAUUGGUUCCAAAACCGAUUUGCUUCUGGCGGGACAACCAAAAACAUCAACACAAUGGCAGCCAUGCUCACCUUGGCUUAUGUUUAUGAGAAGACAAAGAACCCUACUUAUCUCCCCUGGCUGGAUAGCUGGGCAGAGUGGGCAUAUCAUGACCUGGAGCGAACAAAAUACGGAGGAAUGCAGCAUAUUACGUACUUGGAGGAAAAUGAUCAGCAGCUGUGGGAUGAUACCUUGAUGAUGACUGUGUUGCCGCUGGCCAAGAUUGGACUUGUGCUAGAUCGCCCUCAUUAUGUCAAAGAGGCAAAAUACCAGUUUCUGCUACAUAUUAAGUAUCUAUUUGAUGCAAAGACGGGCCUCUUCUUUCACGGAUGGUCUUUCAACGAUGGGGGCCACAACUUUGCGUCGGCAAGAUGGGCACGUGGUAAUAGCUGGCUUACAAUUGUGAUACCAGAGGUUAUCGAAUUGUUAGAUCUAGCCUCCGAUGACCCCUUCUGCAUUCACUUAAAAUCCACACUAGCUGCUCAAUGCGAAUCAUUGAAAGCUUUUCAAGCACCAAGUGGGCUAUGGCGCACUUUACUGGACAUUCCAGAAGAGGAUGGGUCUUAUCCAGAGUCCAGUGCAACCGCUGGCUUUGCGUUCGGCUUGCUGAAGGCACAACGAAAGCACUACCUGGAGGAAGAAUACAGAAGUGUAGCAUUCAAAGCAAUUCAGGGCGUUUUGAGUAAUAUCAACUCCGAUGGCCAAUUGCUAAACACAUCAUUCGGAACAGGCAUGGGAUCAGAUUUGGAGUUUUACAAGAGAAUUCCCAUUACGCCAAUGCCAUACGGUCAAGCAAUGGCGAUCUUGGCUCUCGUCGAGUUACUAAGAAUAUUCAUUUAA